CAGAAGAGUGAGGAAAGAACUGUCCAUCUAAAAUGAGUCUCCCAGAGGAAGAGAGUGUAAGAUCGGGCUCACAUGUGUUCAGCUCUGUGUCUGUUAAAAGUGACUGGUCACAUGAUCCACCAAUUAACUUCAGUGAGAAAACACCAUCAUCACCUACCAAAAGUGUAAGGUUAAGCCCACAUGGGUUCAGCUCUGUGUCUGUGAAGAGUGACCAGUCAAAUAAGGAUAAACCCAAUUUCAGUGAGAAAACACCAUCAUCGCCUACCAAAAGUAACAAAGGACAGAAGACCACAGUUAAUAUUGGUGCAGAAUUUACACGGUGGCAAACAUUAAAAGCACAGAAGGGUUUGAAGAGUGAUGUGGAACUGGCAACUUUUCUUCUCAACAGGGUUCAAUAUGAGAAAUCAGCCUCAGAAUUCCAGACGUACCGCCUCCGUAAGUUCAGUGAAAAUCGCCUCUGGAUCUUCCAGGAUCUUGAGAACAAAAUAGUUGUAUUUCUGAAAAAUGAGCUGGAAAAGUUGAAGAAAAUAUUACAAAAAGAGAACACACAGUACUUUGUGCAAGACUUCAAUGAGGGCAUGUGCAGUAUCAAAGAAGCAGCUCUGGAUAUCACACUUUACUUCCUAAGAGAUAUGAAGCAAGAUAAACUUGCAGAUACUCUAGAGGAUGAGCUUGUCCUUAUUCAUCAGCGACAGCUGAAAUCAAACCUGAAGAGGAAGUAUCAAUGUGUGUUUGAAGGAAUUGCAAAGCAUGGUGAUUCUACACUUCUGAAUAACAUCUACACAGAUCUCUAUAUCACUCUGGGUGGUAGUGAACAGGUUAAUACUGAACAUGAAGUAAGACAGAUUGAGGUUGCUUUCAGGCGUCAUGAAUCACAAGAGAUACAGGUUGAAUGCACAAAUUUGUUUGAAGCACCUGAACAAGACAAGGAGAUCAGAACUGUACUGACAAAAGGAGUUGCUGGCAUUGGAAAAUCAGUCUCUGUGCAAAAGUUUAUUCUGGAUUGGGCUGAAGAAAAUGAAAAUCAGGAUAUCAGCUUUGUAUUUCCUCUUCCUUUUCGGGAGAUGAACUUAAAGGAUGAAGAAAACCAAAGCUUGAUGAGCCUUAUAAGUCAGUUUUUCCCAGAGACAAAAGGACUGAACCUUACAAGAAGGAAUCAGUUCAAAGUCCUGUUCAUCCUUGAUGGAUUGGAUGAAUGCCGUCUUCCUCUUAACUUUGAGGGUAAUGAGACUUGUCGUGAUGUAACAUCACAAGUCUCUCUGGAUGUUCUCCUUACGAAUCUCAUCAAGGGAAAUCUGCUUCCUUCUGCUCUCAUCUGGAUCACCACAAGACCAGCAGCUGCCAGUAAGAUUCCUCCUGACUGUAUCGAUAGGCUGACAGAGAUACGAGGAUUCAAUGAUGCACAAAAGGAGGAGUACUUCAGAAAAAGAUUCACAGAUGAGAAUCAGGCCACCAAAAUUGUUGAGCUUGUUAAACAUUCAAAGAGUUUAUUCAUCAUGUGCUACAUCCCAGUCUUCUGCUGGAUUUCAGCCACUGUUCUACAGAACAUUUUGGAAAUUAAAAGAAAAAAUUAUAUCAGAAAUACUGAAGACACUCCCAAGACUCUGACACAAAUGUAUACACACUUUCUCCGCUUUCAGAUCCAGCAGAGCAGACAGAAGUAUGAUGUUUCCUGGGAUAAAGAUACCAUCCUUUCACUGGGGAGACUGGCUUUUCAUCAGCUGGAAAGAAACAACCUGAUCUUCUAUGACACAGAUCUGGAAGCCUGUGGUAUUGAAGUCUCUAAAGCAUCAGUGUAUUCAGGCAUGUGUACCCAGAUCUUUAAGGAGGAAACAGGGAUCAUCCUUGGUACCAUGUACUGCUUUGUUCAUUUGAGCAUUCAAGAGUUUAUUGCAGCCCUUUAUGCACAUCUGUUCCUAGACCUCAACAACAAAAGUGUCUUUGAUCAAGACUCUACAGAACAGGUAAACAAAAGUGAAACAUUGACUGAUUUGCUCAAGACUGCAGUGGACAAGGCCCUUGAGAGUGACAAUGGACAUCUGGACCUUUUCCUUCGAUUCCUCCUUGGUCUGUCACUUGAGUCCAAUCGUCCACUUUUAAGAGGCCUGUUAACUCAGCAAGACGGCAAUGACCAGAGCUACAAGGAAAUAGUUCAGUACAUCAAGCAGAAAUUAGACUCUAAUCUAUCUGCAGAGAGAUCCAUCAAUCUGUUUCAUUGCCUGAAUGAAUUGAAUGACCACACUCUGGUGAAAGAGAUUCAAAGCCAACUUAACAAAGGAAGUCUUUCAUCUGCUGAUCUUUCUCCUGCCCAAUGGUCUGCUGUGGCAUUUGUAUUGUUGACGUCAGAAGAGGAGCUGGAGGAGUUUGAUCUACAGAAAUUCAAGAAAUCAGAUGAAUGUUUCUUUAGACUUUUGGAAGUUGUCAAAACUUCCAAAAGAGCUCUGUUAAAUGAAUGUGACUUAACAGACAGAAGCUGUUCAGCUCUCGCUCCAGUUCUUGUAUCAGACUCAAAUCUGAAAGAGCUCAACAUGAACAGUAAUAACCUGCAGGACUCAGGAGUGAAGAAACUCUGCAUUGGACUGAAAAGUAUAACUUGUAAAUUAGAGAUACUGAGGCUCCGUAAGUGUGAUCUAACAGGGAAAAGUUGUUCAGCUCUGGCUUCAGUUCUCCAUUCAGACUCCAGCAGUCUAAAGGAACUUGAUCUGAGCAAUAAUAAUCUACAGGAUUCAGGAGUGAAGCUACUCGCUGAUGGACUGAAAGGGAACCAUAAACUAGAGAAACUCAGUCUCUCUGAGUGCAAUGUAACAGAAGAAGGUUAUAAAGCACUGGCUUCAGCUCUGAUAUUAAACCCUUCACACCUGAUAGAGCUGAAUCUCACAGGAAAUGAUCCUGGACAAAUAGGAGUGAAGCUGCUCAAUGAUUUAGUUCAGGAUCCAAACUGUCAACUACAGACACUAAAAUUUUUGGGACCUGCUGCAGAUGAAGCCUGUCAGUAUGUGACUGGAAUUGUGGGUAAAAACCCAUUACUCCUGAGAGAACUGAAUCUGAGUGAACAUGAACUAGGAGACACACAAGUGAAUCAGAUCACUGCUCUUCUGCAGGAUAAACACUGUAAACUCAACACACUGAUGCUGCAUGAUUGUGGUCUAACAGAGGAAAGUUGUUCAGCUCUCGCUACAGUCCUGAGAUCAAACCCCAGUCUGAAAGAGCUUGACAUGAGCAACAAUAAUCUGCAGGACUCAGGAGUGAUGAAACUCAAGAAUGGACUAGAAAAUAUAAAAUGCACACUGGAAAAACUUGGACUUUCAGACUGCAGUAUAACAGAAGAAGGUUAUAAAGCUCUGGCUUCAGCUCUGAGAUCAAAUCCUUCACACCUGAUAGAGCUGGAUCUCACAGGAAAUGAUCCUGGACAAUCAGGAGUGAAGGAGCUCAGUGAUUUACUACAGGAUCCAAAAUAUUCACUGAAGACUCUGAGGUUUUUGGGUCCUGCUGCAGAUGAAGCCUGUCAAUAUGUGACUGGAAUUGUGGGCAAAAACCCACUACUCCUGAGAAAACUGGAUCUGCGUGAACAUGAACUAGGAGACACACAAGUGAAUCAGAUCUCUGCUCUACUGCAGGAUAAACACUGUAAACUCAACACACUGAUUCUGAGUAAGUGUGGUCUAACAGAGGAAAGCUGUUCAGCUCUCGCUACAGUCCUGAGAUCAAACUCCAGUCUGAAAGAACUUGACAUGAGCAACAAUAAUCUGCAGGAUUCAGGAAUGAAGAAACUUGGAUUAGAUAAUACAAACUGCACACUGCAGACUCUCAGACUAUCUAAUUGCAGUAUCACAGAAGAAGGUUAUAAAGCUCUGGCUUCAGCUCUGAGAUCAAACCCUUCACACCUGAUAGAGCUGGAUCUCACAGGAAAUGAUCCUGGACAAUCAGGAGUGAAGAAGCUCAGUGAUUUACUACAGAAUGGACAUUAUCAAUUGAAAACUAUCAGGUUUUUGAAAAGUCCUGCUGCACAGGAAGCGUGUGAGUAUCUCACUAAAGUCCUGGGUAAAACCCCAUUACUUCUGACAGAACUGGAUCUGAGUAAAGAAAAAUUAGGAGAUCUGGAUGGAGAGAAGCUCUCUGCUCUUUUGAUGGACUCCCAUAGCAAAGUGGAGAAAAUGAAGCUGAACAAUUGUAGGCUGACAGAAAAAAGCUGUUCAGUUCUAGCUACUGUUCUCUCCUCCAAAACCAUCCUGAAAGAGAUGAACCUGAAUAACAGUCGUCUGCUGGACUCAGGAGUCAAAGAGAUCUGUGAGGGACUGAAAAAUCCUGUGUGUGAACUGAAGAUACUCAAACUUUCAGACUGCAGUAUCACUGAAGAAGGUUAUAAAAAAUCAUUUUAA